GUUAGCCUCAAAAUCGUCAGUGUUUCGCGAAAUUGGAGUGAAUUACAAUAAUAAAACUGUGCUAGAAUACUCUCUAAUCCACCAGACAACAUUUGAGAUGGCACUACUGAUAUUAUUAUCUCUACAACCAGCUGUAUAUUGACAACAAUGUGUGAUUUAUUUUGGAAACAGAAGCAUUUCUAACAAUAACAACAUACUUCAUGAGACUACGCAAUUUUGCAAAACAACACAUUUAGAUAGUUUUAGUAGUGCAAUUUGAAAGUGAAAUGGCAGUGUUUAGGAAUAUUUUACGUAAAGCAUAUUUUUGGAAGAAAUUUGAUGAUCAAAACCAAGUAAACAAAGACAAAGAAGAUGAUACAAGAACUUUGAGAGAAUCGUCGUAUGUUUUUCAUGUUCAAAAUGUUAUUACUUGGGAUAACCCAUCUUACAGCUUUCUUUGGAUUGGACUUGUAAAUUUAUUAUUUUGGUUAUCAGUAAUUUUGGAUUACAAAGCUCCGGCGAUCGUCUCGACCAUUUCACUGCUAAUCUGUCUGCAUGGAAUGUGGACCAAUAAGAUUUGGCCAGAAAUCAGAGUGAAGAGGUGCAACGAAGAUGAAGAAAAUAGAAGAAGAAGAAGUAUGAACGGUAGCGGAGAUCAUGGUUCUCCAAUGCUGAGCGAAUAUCUUCAGAGUUCAUGGGAAACUUGUAGAAAUAAUUUUUCAAAACUCUUGAAUAUGAGGGAACAGAAUAAAAUUCAGUUUUUUGCUGUGAUGGCUGGAAUGUUCAUCGCGAUAUUCAUGAUAGGACAAAUGAUAUCUGGAUUUCUGCUGACCUAUUUAAUAGUAAUGGCCAUUAUGAUUGGACCUGGCUUGUGGAUACAUGUUUUAUCAAAAGAAACAAAAACCUGGAUCAUCAACUAUGUGGAGUGCUUGUGCAAUAUAUUAAACCAGACUGGUGAUGCAGCAAACACAGAAGAGGAGGAUGAGUAUAUGCUUGAAGAGAGUGGUGAGAAUAUGGCUGUUUUGUCUAGAUUUGUUGACGGUGAAGACACCAAUGACAGUUUCUAUUCGAAAGGUUCAGCAACUCCACUAUCAUUCGUGACAGGUGUGGCAACCAUGCCAUCCCAUGAUGACAUCAGCCUGGACUCGAUGCCAUCAUUCAGUGAGCUGGAUCUUGCCUUGGAAAACAGCUCUCAACGUACUGUGAUCCUGAAAGAUGUUGAAGAUUUCUCAGAUGACAGCAGCUCAAAUGAUCCAGCCAUCAUGGACUUCCAGAGUGGCCAUUUCAAUGGCAACGAGUCAUCAGGUGAUGAAGAGGAGAACAUGUAUGCUAGAGAUCUCACAUUCACAGAAACAGACUGUACUCACACAUCCACUGAACCAGCGGGCAUUUCAUUCAGUUCAGUUUUGACAGCAACCACCUCAAAUCUGGGCAACUUGGGUGCAGUGGUUGGACAAACACUGCUCACUAAUGUUGUGAACCGGGCCUUGGGGUACACUGGUGAAAAUCAACCAAAAUCCGGCCCAGAGGACCAAAAAUUGAAAAUGGCCAAAAACGAUUCUUCAAACUCACUCAGUAGCAAUGAGGACUUUGAAUUGAUAUCUCAUGAUGAAGUGUCAUAGAAUUUUCAGUAUAUGUGUUUCAAAGCAGAUAAGUGCUGUGAACUAUGUUUUCAUAUUUGCUACUCUCUCUUGGUAUAACUUGUAUGUUACUACAAUCAUUGUUCUCAUUGCAAUCUUUAUCAUCCUUAUCUAUCAACAAUUGUUCCAUGUUCCCAAUAUUGCUGUUUCUUGUUGCUGUGUAACUCUGUAUUGGUAUAGUAUUACUUUGAAAAUUCUCUAGUAUAAACUUGUUUUUUAUUUUCUUUUUAUCAAUCUAUUGUGAGUGGUUUCACAAUAGUGACAAAAUUGUGAUGAUGUAUAUCAUGAGAUUCAUUUGAGCAAACAUUGAUCACCAAUUUUAUGUUGAAAUUCAGUAAUCAAAGAUUGAUUUAGUAACCAAACACUAGUCAAUUUUGUUCAACCAGUUGCCAUUUCCAUAAAUGCCAAUCUUCCAUAAUUCAAACUGACACAAGUUUUAUUCCCUAACUAAACUUUCUAUCAUGAUAAUCUCAUCAAUUUCAUUCUUUGACUUCUAUUUUACUGUGUUCUCGACAUUGUUGUUAAACCUCAUUGUGGAUUAGCAUUUUCUGGUUAAUAACAAUUGAAAUAAAUGCUCAAGUUGAUAAGAUGCUGUAAUCUAGGACCAGGUAGAAAUCACUUUAUUGACAGCAAUAAACUGUUGAUCCAAUUUCAAAUACAAAAGUUGAAUGGUUUGUUUGUCAGUUGUGUAUAGCAAUAAAAAUUUAUUUCAUCAACUUUUUAAUUCUUGAGGAUAUUAAAACUCCUAUGAAGAAAAAUUUAGUGAAACAGAAUAGUUUUGAUGGAAUUAUUGUGAAUGAUGCAUCUUUCUGUGGUAUUCAAUUUUACCAAUGCACUGAAAAUUAGUAUUCACUUGUAAUUGAAUGAACAUGCAGUCUAUAGUCAAUUAUAAUGUUUAAAUUUUGAUGUUCUGAAGUAGAUUAAUGUACUGAUUUUAUUAUUUUAUGAUCCACCUUUUGUAAGGAAUUGCAAGAGAAAAUAUUGAGUGGAAAAUUCAAGGAUUGAUAAUUAGUAUGCUGAUAUGGAUGUUUCUAUUUACAGUCACUAUAUAAACAGAGUUAUAUAGUUACUGUAGUUCAGUUGUAAGAAGAGGGUUGAAAUUGCAGCACUGGAAGAGGGAAAAAUCUCUGCACAUGUGCUCUGUCUCUCUUGCAAUCUGUUCUGCAUUAACAGGCAGGGCAGCCAACCUUAUGUCUAUAGUGAGAUUCACGUCAUAAAGUCAGUGGAAAACAAAACAUAUGACUUCAAUGUUGCCAAUUCUCAAUUGUUACCAACGCCUUCUACAUUAAAUAGCUGUGAUUCAAGUUUUCCAGUAUAUUUGAUGUAAUAUCAAUUGCUGAUUUCUGUUCAUAAUAUUAUCAACUCUAUCUAAAAUAUAAACUAUUCGUGAAUUCUUUAUUCUCUAUUGAUUCAUAAAAUAAGUACGGUACAUCAUCAAAAAUUAUAAAGAGAGAAAAAAAUAUUCUCCCAUCAUUCAAUUUCUGUAAUUUUUAAAUAUUGAAAAAAAAAUUUUGUUAGUUCAUUAUGUUUCUCCAUAGUCAACAAACAAUUUGACAACAUUGUGGUGGUAGGAAAGGAUAGAGGUAUCUUUUUUCCAAUGGCGGACAAGGAUAGCAAACCAAUGCUAAUCAGGUGCUGACUUUAUGACAUGAAUUACACUAUAGUCUACCUUUUCUAAUGACUGAACAAGGAUGAAUGAUUAAAUGUCUGAGAAAAAAUAUGGAGAAACACAAUAAUUAAUGGUGAGAGAUUUUCCUUCCUAAACUCAAUUUUUCUUUGGGAUCCACCCAGUACAUUUCUCAUAAUGCUUUCUAAUUUAAUUUGUAUUGUGAGAUAUACAAAAAUAAGUUGUUUUUUAUAUAGGGCUAUCAAUGAGGUUGCUCUUUUACUGAAAUAAAAUAUGAAUCCAAGUCUUAAGCUGCAUUUACACCAAAGUUGAUAACAAAAUGCUAAUAACUUAAUCCUUAUAGAUUCUAUUAGAUUGACCAUAACUUAUCAUACACAUGAUGAACAUAUGUGUUUGUCAAGUUCCGUUCAAUUUAAUAGAAUCUAUAAGGAUUAAGUUAUUAACAUUUUGUUAGUAACACCAAAGUUAUUAACAAAAUGUCUAUUUUUCCCUCCUUAUACAUUCUAUCAUAUUAAAUGGAGCUUGACAAACACAUAUGCACAUCAUGUGUAUAAUAAGUUAUGAUGAAUCUAAUAGAAUCUAUAAGGAUGGAAAAAUAAACAUUUUGUUAAUAACAUUGGUGUAAACACAGCUUUAUAGUCUUCUCUGAUGUUUUUUUUUAGUUCAGUGAGAUUUUCUUUAAAUUGUCAGCAUUUUCUAUUAAUAACAUCAAUGCUUUCCAUUCAAUCAAUGCUGACAGUUUAAAGAGAAUCUCACUUUAGUGGACUGGCUAAUAGUGGUGUGUGUUGGAAUUAGAAACUACUUUUGAGAUAACCCUUGUAAAUGUCUGAAUAAUUGUGCUGUGAAUAUGUAAUAGAAUGAUAAUACAGUGAAGUGCGUAGUUUGAAUGGAAUAUUUUUGUAUAAUACAGAUUACAGAAGUCGUGGAUUGUAUUUUAAUAAUGCAUCAAUUAUUGUGUUACAUUCAUACUCGUAAAGCUGGGUCCAUACUGAACAAAUGUGCGACAAACAUGUUUGUUGAAACAGUUUGGGAAAAUUUUAUUAUGUUUGCCCGUGGCCAGUGUGCGUCACCAAACAAAAUAUUGUAAGUGGGGAGAACAGUUUUUUAUGUUUUACAGCAAACACUGAAAAUUUUUGGAAAACAGUAAUUUUUUGUUUGUCAAACAAUGAUUGUCCAAACUUUUUAAAAUGUUUGUCCCUGAGCCCUUCAACAAACAUGUAUGUCCAACAGUU